CCCGCCCCGGAAGGCGGCGAGAGCCCGGCCCGGCCGCGAUGCUGCAGCUCCGGGACACGGCGGAGGGCGGCCCGGCCGGCAGCCCCGGCAGCCCCGCGGCGGCGAUGCUGGUGCCGGAGGAGACCGGGCCGCCCUUCGAGCCGCCCGCCGCGCCCCGCCAGACGCUGCGGCCGCUGAGUGUGCGCACCGCCACCCGCGGCGGCCGCCUCCGCCAGUACUUCGUGUUCCGGCCCGGCACCAUAGAGCAAGCAGUCAAUGAAAUCCGCGUGGUCGUGAUGCCCACCGAGGACGGGGCAGUGCAGAGCGUCUGGCUGCUGACCGAAAUUGAUCACUGGAACAACGAGAAGGAGCGUCUUAUUCUUAUCACAGAUUGGUCCCUCCUGAUCUGCAAAUACAACUUCAUCAGCCUGCAGUGCCAGCACGUGACAAGGAUAGCCCUCAGCGCAGUCGAUACCAUCUCGGUCGGGGAGUUUCAGUUCCCACCUAAAUCGCUGAACAAGCGAGAAGGUACUGGUAUCCGAAUUCAGUGGGACAAGCAAAGCCGCGCCUCCUUCAUAAACAGAUGGAACCCGUGGUCCACAAACAUCCCGUACGUCACCUUCACCGAACAUCCGAUGGCAGAUGCUGAUGAGAAGAUUGCAUCCCUUUGCCUAUUGGAAAACUUCAAAACUCAGCUAAUUCAAGCUGUGAAGAAAGCCCAUAAGGAGUGUCCGUUGCCAGGAAGGGCUAAUGGCGUGCUAGUGCUGGAGCGUCCUCUUCUGAUCGAGACCUACCUGGGAUUGAUGUCCUUCAUCAACAAUGAGGCCAAACUUGGCUACUCCAUGACAAGGGGCAAAAUCGGAUUAAAAUCCACUGCAUUUAAUCUUUUCAAGGGGAGGUGAUUUUGGUCUCCUGGGGGGAGCACGCUGUGUGGCAGAAUACGUGAUAAAGUGAAGAUGCUGGGAGAAUGAAAGGAGGCAGCUGUAGAAUUAACGGUUCACAGGAGGCCCUGGUUGUUAUGGAGAUGCACAGGUCAGAUUAAUCUGAAGCAAACACAAGGUAGUGUCAUUCUUCUAUUUUGUGUCGAAUUUACAGUUCUUACUGGUUCUCAUACAGGGCUAGUCAGCAGUGAUGUUUUCCAUUUCUAACUGCGUGUUCGUCCCCAUUAAUUAAGUGCAAUUGGUACCUGCUACAAACACUCCACACAAAUAUCCAAGAUACAGGAGAUUGUACAUGCCAUAUUACAGCUGUAUCCCUAUAUAUGGUGUCAAAUCAUGUAGUGUGCUCAGGAUCGAUCUGUAUUGUUUAAAGAGGUAUUGGUGUUCACGGUUCACUGUAAUCCUAGCAUUUUGAUUAAUGCCUGUGAAGAAUUUCAAAAGCUGUGUCAGUCAUUCUUUAGCAAAAGAGUCAGCUAAUUUUGUAACAGCUGUACUGUUUUGUCUGCUCAGAAGCAGUGCACAUGAACUAUUACUCUGUAAACCGAAGUAUAUGGCUGAAAAUGUGUUUAUUAGCUUUUUAUAAAUAUCCUUCCGUCUAAGAGUGUCUUAACUUCCUAGCUUAUUACAUGUUUUCCUGCUGCAGCCAUAGAAUAAAGACUCUUUCGAGAAAAUAUUGCCAAAAGCCUCAAACACAUUUGCCUUCAAAGCUAUUAUUUAUAAAACUAAAAAGGAAUUCUAUUUUGAUUAGAUUUAUAUUCUUAGCAAUUUUUCUUACAUCUACUCUAGUUUGGGACAGCAGCAGUGCAGGACUUUUUAAUGGAGACAGAUAAAACUUUAAGCACUGUAUGCCAAUCUUGAUUUAUAUAUUCCUGCACUUCACCUCCUACAAACAUCCAGUAAUGAAAUUCAGAAGCCACAUAAGAGACAAGUAAAUUGCUCAUGAGGUUACUCUAGCAAGCUUUUUCAUUGUGUGUGACCUUCUAUACGUGGUGUUUUAUCAGGGUAUUUAUCUGCAGAACUACAAUACUGACUAAACGCUGCACUGCAGUGGUGUUUUUUGAACUUCAAGUAGAUGUGUCUUUAUGAAACUUACAUAAAGCUGAAAUCAUGGUGGAAUGCAACAAGGCGCAUGCCCCUCUCAAUGCAUUUUCUAAGAUACCGGUUUAAUUUUCAUUAAUCUUGCAGUAAAGUUACAUUUCAACUCUA